UCUGUGUCUGUUAAAAGUCGCAGCGGAGCUCAGGUUGCCUCCGUCGGCCGACUGUGAGUUUGCAGUCGCAGCUUGUGCCUUCACGGCUCAUUGAUUGGCUCAGAGUUCAGUUCCUCCUGAGGAAAUCACUCCUUUUAUAGUUAACGGAGCGCCGAGCGGCUGUUUUCCGGGUUCACACUCACUCAGCAUGUAGAGGAGGCGGACCGCAGGGAGACACCUGGACCACCGCUUACACACCGGAUCCAGACACGGUAUCGAUCCCCAGAUAUCGAUCAGCUAUCACUGCAGCAGCAUGGGGAACCUGAUCAAGGUGUUAACCAGAGACAUCGACAACAACGGUGGAAACUUCUUCCUGGACUUUGAGAAUGCUCAGCCCUCGCAGUCGGAGACGGAGGUGUGGGAGAAGGUGAACCAGGUGCUGACGGAGGCUCAGGUCAUCCUGGACGACCUGCAGGCGUACAGAGGAGCAGGAGAGGAGAUACGACAGGCCAUACAGAGCCCCGGUGUGGAGGGGGUGCAGGAGAAGGCCUGGUCUGCUGUGGUUCCUCUGGUGUCAAAGCUCAAAACCUUCUAUGAGUUCACACAGAAACUCGAGACCAGUCUUUGGUGUCUCCUGAAAGUUCUCACCAGCUCUGACUCCAGUCCUACUCAGCAGCUGGAGCAGAAACAGGCUCUGGCUCGUCAGUUCGCUCACAUCCUGCACUUCACGCUGCGCUUCGACGAGCUCAAGAUGACGAACCCCGCCAUCCAGAACGACUUCAGCUACUACCGCCGAACCAUCAGCCGCAUGAGAAUUAACAACUUGUCUGCCGACGCGGGGAACGAGGUCAACAACGAGCUGGCCAAUCGGAUGUCUCUGUUUUACGCCAGCGCCACGCCCAUGCUGAAGACGCUAAGCGACGCCAUGACAAAGUUCGUCUCAGAUAACGCAAACGUCCCGCUUGAAAACACGACAGACUGUCUGAGCACGAUGGCCAGCGUGUGUAAAGUGAUGCUGGAAACACCGGAGUAUCGCACUCGUUUCACCAGCGAGGAGACGGUGUUGUUCUGCCUUCGUGUGAUGGUCGGCGUCAUCAUCCUGUACGACCACGUUCACCCAGCUGGAGCCUUCGUUAAGACCUCCAAUAUAGACAUGAAAGGAUGCAUCAGAGUGCUGAAGGAGCAGCCGCCCAGCAGCGUGGAGGGAUUACUGAACGCUCUCAGGUACACGACCAAACAUCUGAACGAUGAGACUACCUCCAAGCAAAUCAAAAACAUGCUGCAGCCAAAUUAACUCGACGCUUCUUCAGCACAACUGAAACUGGAACGAUGCAGCUAGACGAACGUGUUUUGGUCCAAAUUUCAAAAAGAACUACUGAACAAACCUUAGCUAAAAUCUCUUUGUUGUUUUUGUUUUUUAAUUCUCUUAUGGAUGAAUAUAUUUCUUGUUGUUGAUAAAAAAAAAGAAAAGAUAGAGAAAAAGUGACUGAUAGAGUGAUUUUCUUGGUUGAUCCAAGGAUAUCAAAAUCAGCUGUUGUGCUCUCAAGUUGCAUUCACGUCAUGUCGGAUUUAUAGCAAACACAAACGUUAAUAAUAGUACAGUCGACUCUCAUGUUUCUAGUUUCUUCUGCUCACCGUUAUGAAUUUCCAGGAAACGCUGCAGUGAACUGACCGCUGUAUUUCCUGUAUUUCUUAUCAAAAACGUCCAAUCAGUGAGAUCCUUUUUACAUAAAAUACAGUGUUAUGUUCGAGUUUACAAGUGAGGCUCCACCGCAGUGAUGAAGACUGCGAUACAAAAACUACAGAUCCCAUGAAAAUGUGCUUAACCGUAACUUGGUUUACGAUCCAUAUUCAUAAUAUUCACAAACACUCUUGUCUAAAGUCAACUUUUAAAAUAUAUUCUAUUUUGCCUUUUAAAUACAUGCGGAACAACAAUAUAGCAAAAGUAUUUGAAAAGACUUUGGUACGGAAGGAAAAAAACAACAGAAACAAAAAGACAAGACUACCUCAAAUUAAAAGUAAAAUAGAAACACAUUUAGAUUAGGGUUAGGGUUAGGGUUAUUGUAGCGUGAUACAACAAUUACAUCAUAACAUUUAACUUACACAGACAGUGUUUCUCUAGUUGUAUUGAAUUAUUGAUUUAGGGUGAUCUAUAUUCCAACUGGCAUGAGAGCUUCUUAUUUCCAUUUUAAUGUUUCAUGUUUUUUUUUU